AGAGAAGACCAUAGUUAGUCUCUCUCCCCCGCCCCCUUCUCCUCCUUGAUUCACUCAUUUCUCGACCGCGUCAAUUGUCAAGACAAAACUGUACUGCUGAGUUAUAUCCCUUCCCCGCCUCCAUUGGAAAAUAAAACCGGCUAAUACUAAGACAAAGGAUUCAGGAAAUGGAAGCUGAGAGCUCGAAUUUGCGCAGACAGAUCGAUCACCCGGCUCACACGCAUUCUGGUCCGCUCACCCUCACCCUCACCCUCACCCUCGGUAGGGGAUCCCAGGACUCCUCUUGCUCUAUCUGCGGAAAACGUUUCAAGCAGCAGGACCCAGUCUACAGCUGCUCCGACCCCCACUGCGACUUCAAGGUAGAUCUGGCGUGCAGUUCCAUCAGGUCCGUGAUAGAAUUCGAAGCGCACCGUCAACAUCCACUCUGCUUCGUUGAGAGAGUUGCUCCUGGAACCAGCUGCCGCCAUUGCACGGAUAAACGAUCCGAUCUGCCCAUGUUUCGGUGCGGAGAGUGUGGUUUCAGCCUGCACCUCCUGUGUGGCCCACUACCACGUGUCAUCCAGUACAAACACUUUGAGUUAACUCUCACGGACUCUCUUCUUAAUGGAGUCGAUGCGGAUGACUGCUGGUGUGAUAUCUGCGAGCGGCAGCGUGAUCCCGCACAGUGCGUUUAUCAUUCCCGAGAUAGUAUGGUCACUGCCUCCAUUGACUGCCUCCUGCCUCAGAUCAUACUUGCACUUAAAGGAGAUCUUGGAGAAUUAGAACUGAGGACUGUAGGAGAACAUAUUCCGGGCAAGGUGAUCAUCAGAGUUCAAGUAGAAGAUUGCUUGCAGCCUCCUAAAGUCGAAAGUGAAAUAUACGGAGAUGAAAUGGUAGAGGAAGCAGAAUCCUCGAGUGAGACGUGCAGUCCAGAAGCUGAAGAGGAGACAGAGUUCUCUCCAGAGAUGGAGGAAGAUAUUAAAAAUUUCUUUUCGGACCUCCAAGAAGAGCUUGGACCUGUCUUUGCAGAGGCCUCUAAGCAGUGGAGGGAACUAAUUGAUAGUUUCGAGUUGUACGAAGAGGCAAAGCCCAAGAAAGGUAAGAGCAAAAUACAAGGUGAUGAAUGGGCAGAGGAAGCAGAAACCUCAACUGUCAUGGAAGAAGUGUUCAGAGGCCUUUCUUUGGACUCUCACCAACUACUUCGUUCUCUAAAUGCCGACCAAGCCGAUGAUUUUGAAGGUUUCUUAAAUGCAACAGCUAAAUUUAUAGGGCAGUCAAAAGCUACUGGGAGUUUCCCUUUCUUAGAUGACGCCGCCCAAAGGUUCAAAGAACAGCUUGAUAUUUCCUCUUUGGAGGAAGAUGUGCAGCAUGAGAAGCCCGAAAGCGGGACCGAGGAUGAUGAAGUGGUUGAAGGUCUUACUCUGACCUACGUGCAAGUGAUGCGCUCUCUUACUCCCCAGGAUAUCGAGCAAAUUAACAGUGCUUUCAGAAAAUGCACUAAACAUGGAAAAGAGGGGGAAGCUAUUGUGAGUUUUCUUUAUUAUUCUUCUGCUCCUCCUCCCCCUCCAGAGCUCGAAUUCCCUUAUUCAGAUCAUGUGUAUGAACGGUUCAAGGAACAAAUAGAUAAUACCGACCGAGUUAAUGACUCCUAUUUGACUGGGUGGAAAAAAUACGCUGCUAAGAUUGUCAAAGUUGGGAACAACAUGAUUCCUUCUCAGUUUGUUCCUAUCUAUCGGGAAUUGGUCGACAGAUAUGGGGAUUUCAGUGCAGACAGUGAGCUUAGCCCUGUUGCGAAGGCAGUCAUAUUUCACCUAUUCUUCGCAGUUGUCUACAGCAUGCGCGGAACUCAGGUCCGUAACAUCACUGACGACCUUCUUUGCACAUGGCAGUACUACUUAAGAGGUGUGCAGAACGCAGGUUUCAAGAUUCAAUUCGCCAUAGAUAAUUUGGAGAAGCUAUUGCGGGCUCGUUGCGGUCUCAAAGUUAUGGAGUUUAGAGAUGACACUGGAAAGAAUCUGGAAGUGAGAGUGGAGGAGCUUUCAAAGCAGAUAGAUGAAAAAGAGGCCAAGCUAGAAGCACUCAAGUCGAUACGGGAAAAGUACAGGAAACCAAGGGAAGCAGAAGAAACGCUGGUGAAGCAAUGCUUGAUCGAGGCAGCAAAUUGGAAGUGGAAGGAUGUAGGUGACCUAAUCCUGUGAUGUCAACAUCAAUAGCUCACCAAAAAAAAAAUCAGGCGAAAGGAUAAUACAUCGUCUCAAUGUUUGUACCAAGCUUGAUGGAAUAUGACUAUCGGAGAUUUCAGUGUUUUUUAAGAUUAUGUGUUGGUUUAGUUUGCGAUAUUGUACCGUGUUCGACGUUUAUGCUAAUAAUAAAUAUAUACUUCGAGGUUGAAAAGA